AUGGUGACUACCAAAGGCUCGGAAAGGAAAGAGGCCAAACCCAUUUAUGGUGGCUGGCUGCUCCUGGCUCCAGAUGGGACUGACUUUGACAACCCAGUACACCGGUCUCGGAAAUGGCAGCGACGGUUCUUCAUCCUUUAUGAGCACGGCCUCUUGCGCUACGCCCUGGAUGAGAUGCCUACAACCCUCCCACAGGGCACUAUCAACAUGAACCAGUGCACAGAUGUGGUGGAUGGAGAGGGCCGCACUGGCCAGAAAUUCUCCCUGUGCAUUCUGACACCUGAGAAGGAGCAUUUCAUCAGGGCAGAAACGAAAGAGAUCAUCAGUGGGUGGCUGGAGAUGCUCAUGGUCUAUCCCAGGACUAACAAGCAGAACCAAAAGAAGAAACGGAAAGUGGAGCCACCCACCCCACAGGAGCCCGGGCCUGCCAAGGUGGCUGUCACCAGCAACAGUAGCAGCAUCCCCAGUGCAGAAAAAGUCCCCACCACCAAGUCCACGCUCUGGCAGGAAGAAAUGAGGGCCAAGGACCAGCCUGAUGGGAGCAACCUAAGUCCAGCUCAGAGUCCCAGCCAGAGCCAGCCUUCUUCUGCCAGCUCCCUGCGGGAACCAGGGCUGGAAAGCAAAGAAGAGGAGAGCGCCAUGAGUAGCGACCGCAUGGACUGUGGCCGCAAAGUGCGGGUGGAGAGUGGCUACUUCUCACUGGAAAAGACCAAGCAGGACUUGAAGGCUGAGGAGCAGCAAUUGCCCCUGCCACGCUCCCCUCCUAGCCCUAGCACCCCCAACAACAGGUACAGUUAUCCCAAAUCACCCUCCCAGAAGUUUGGUCAUCCCCUUCACUUCUCAGGUCCUCGAGACCCCAGCCGAAUGGUCUGCAGCAUCUCUCUCAGCUCCCUGGAAGAGGCCAGCCGGCCCUCUGCCAUCGUGGACUCCAGCAGCACAGGGGGGCGGGGGACAGAGAGACUGGGGAGCACCUUUGCCUUUAAAGCCACCAGGCAGUACGCUGCCCUGGCCGACGUCCCUAAGGCCAUCAGGAUCAGCCACCGAGAAGCCUUCCAGGUGGAGAGAAGGCGACUGGAGCGUAGAACUCGGGCCCGGAGCCCUGGCAGGGAAGAGGUGGCCCGUCUAUUUGGCAACGAACGGAGAAGGUCCCAGGUAAUUGAGAAAUUUGAGGCAUUGGAUAUUGAAAAAGCAGAGCAUAUGGAAACAAACCUCUCGUCCGGGCCCUCCCUGUCCAGUGACACUCGCCAGGGCCGCAGUGAAAAGAGGGCAUUCCCCAGGAAGCGGGACUUCAUCAGUGAAACCCCCACAGCUACUCUAUCGGAUGCCUCAGCCUCCCCACUGUCUCCACACCGAAGAGCCAAGUCACUGGACAGGAGGUCCACGGAGUCCUCCAUGACGCCUGACCUGCUGAAUUUCAAGAAAGGCUGGCUGACCAAGCAGUACGAAGAUGGCCAGUGGAAAAAGCACUGGUUUGUCCUGGCUGAUCAGAGCCUGAGAUACUACAGGGACUCCGUGGCUGAAGAGGCAGCAGACUUAGAUGGGGAAAUUGACUUGUCCACAUGUUAUGAUGUCACAGAGUAUCCAGUCCAGAGAAACUAUGGCUUCCAGAUACAUACAAAGGAGGGUGAGUUCACCCUGUCAGCCAUGACAUCCGGAAUCCGGCGGAACUGGAUUCAGACCAUCAUGAAGCAUGUGCACCCAACCACCACCCCAGAUGUGACCAGUUCAUUGCCUGAGGCAAAGAACAAGAGCAGCUCAACUUUUGAGACCUGCCCAAGGCCAAGUGAAAAGCAAGAGGCAGAACCAGGGGAGCCGGAUCCAGAGCAGAAGAGGAGCCGCGCUCGGGAGCGAAGGCGAGAGGGCCGCUCCAAAACCUUUGACUGGGCUGAGUUUCGCCCUAUACAGCAGGCCCUGGCUCAGGAGAGGGCCAACACCAUGGGGCACCUUAAUGCUCGUGAGCCUGGGUACCCCGAGGUGGAGCCAGGUGAGCUAGAGCGGGAGCGUGCACGGAGGCGGGAAGAACGCCGCAAGCGCUUUGGUAUGCUGGAUGCUGUGGAUGGACCAAACAUCGAAGAUGCCACCCUGUGCAUGGAGGUGGACCGGAGCCCAGGGCUACCAAUUGCUACCGACCUUAAGACACAAAACGUCCAUGUGGAAAUUGAGCAGCGGUGGCAUCAGGUGGAGACCACCCCUCUCCGAGAGGAAAAGCAAGUGCCCAUUGCCCCCUUGCACCUGUCCUGUGAGGAUGGAAAUGACCGGCUCUCUACACACGAACUGACCUCUCUGCUGGAGAAGGAGCUGGAGCAGAGCCAGAAGGAAGCCUCGGACCUUUUGGAACAGAAUCGGCUCUUGCAGGACCAGCUGAGGGUGGCACUGGGCCGUGAGCAGAGUGCCCGGGAGGGCUAUGUGCUACAGACUGAAGUGGCUUCCUCCCCGUCGGGUGCCUGGCAGAGGCUCCAUAAAGUCAAUCAAGACCUCCAAAGUGAGCUGGAAGCCCAGUGCCAACGGCAGGAGCUGAUCACACAGCAGAUUCAGACCCUGAAACGUAGCUAUGGGGAGGCGAAGGAUGCAAUCCGGCACCAUGAGGCCGAGAUCCGGAGCCUUCAGGCAAGGCUCAGCAAUGCUGCUGCUGAGCUGGCCAUCAAGGAGCAGGCGCUGGCCAAGCUCAAGGGCGAGCUGAAGCUGGAGCAGGACAGGGUUCGUGAACAGCUGGAGGAGCGACAGCACAGCGAGGCUGCCCUUAGUGGUCAGCUGAGGGUCAGCGAGCAAAAGCUUAAGAGUGCUGAGGCCCUGCUGCUGGAGAAGACACAGGAGCUUCGAGACUUGGAGACACAGCAGGCGCUGCAGCGAGACCGGCAGAAGGAGGUGCAGAGACUCCAGGAGCGCAUUGCUGACCUCAGCCAGCAACUGGGUGCCAGCGAGCAGGCCCAGCGGCUAAUGGAGGAGAAGCUGCAGAGGAACUAUGCACUGCUGCUAGAGAGCUGUGAGGAGGAGAAGCAGGCACUGCUGCAAAACCUGAAGGAAGUGGAGGACAAGGCCAUUGCCUAUGAGGACCAGCUGCAGGGCCACGCACAGGAAGUGGAAGCCCUCCAGAAGGAGAAGCUCACUGCCAAGUGUGAAGGCAGUGAGCAAGUGCACCAACUGGAGGAGCAACUGGAAGCCCGGGAGGCCAGUAUCUGCCAGCUUGCUGAGCACAUGGAGAGCCUUCGCGAUGAGCGAGACCUCAUCAGACAGCGGUUCCAAGAGCUGAUGGAGUGUGUGGCCGCUUCUGACGGGGACGUGGCUGAGCUUCGGGAGAAGCUGAGGGGAAGAGAGGCUGACUACCAGAGCUUAGAGCACUCACACCAGAGGGUCUCUGGCCAGCUGCAGAGCAUGCGUACUCUUCUGAGAGAGAAGGAAGAAGAGCUGAAGCACAUCAAGGAAGUACAUGAGAGAGUUCUAGAAAAGAAAGAUCAAGACCUCAGUGAGGCUUUGGUUAAAAUGAUUGCAUUAGGGAGCAGCUUAGAGGAGACAGAAAAUAAACUGCAGGCAAAGGAGGAGAUUUUGAGGAAAUUUGCAAAUGAGUCUACAAAGAAUUUGGAAGAAUCACAGAGUACCCUAGAGGAAACUGAGGAAGAUGGUGUUUCACUCUUGAGCCAGAAGCUACCAGCUGCUGGGGCAAUUCCAGGAUUACCACACACACAGCUGGAGGACGAGGAUGUAGGAGCUGGCCUAGGGGAAGAAUGUGACAACAGUCCCAGUAGAGAAGGGGGCACAGUCCCAAAGACCAUGGAAGUUAUGGACAGAGAGGGACAUCUACAGAGCACAGUCAAGCCUGACCAGGGAACACCUGGUGUUAAAAGGCAAAGAAUCCGAUUCUCUACAAUCCAGUGCCAAAGAUACAUACACCCUGAGGGGUCUGAGAAGACCUGGACCAGCAGUACAUCUUCAGACACCAGCCAGGACCGGUCGCCCUCAGAGGAGAGCAUGUCCUCUGAGGCUGCCCCCAGCAUACUGCCCACAGCUGGAGACUCAGAGACAUACCUUUCCAUCAUCCAUUCCUUGGAGACCAAGCUAUAUGUCACAGAGGAAAAGCUCAAGGAUGUGACCCUGAGGUUAGAGAGCCAGCAGGGCCAGAGCCAAGAGGCUCUACUUGCACUACACCACCAGUGGGCUGGCACCGAGGCACAGCUGCGAGAACAGCUCCGUACCAGCCUACUGCAGGCUGGCGCACUGGCUUCCCAGCUGGAACAGGAGAGACAGGAAAGGGCCACAAACAUCGGGAACCGUGUUGGGGAGCUAGGAGACUUUCAGGCAAAAAACAGCCAGGCCCUGACAUGCUUAGAAAACUGCCGAGAACAACUAAGGUCUCUGCCAUGGGCCAGUCAGGACGAGCAAGACACAUGUGCAGCCUCCCUGGCCAGUGUGGAAAGUGCACUCAUAAGUGCCAUCCAGGCCUUGCAGCCCUGGCCCGACCAUGCAGACAGCACAGCCCAGGCAGUGGAGAACAGGGUGGCAGCCCCUCCACAACAGCCCUGCCAGCCUUCACUGAGUGAGGAGGAGCAAGUGAAGCUGCUUUCUGAUCAGAUAGCCCUGGAGGCCUCUCUGAUCAACCAAAUAGCAGACUCUCUUAAGAGCACAACCUCAGAUGUGUCUCGUGUUCUCCAUGAGAUCACUCAGUCAGGAGAGUGGCUGCUGGAAGAAGGUGUUACUGUCUCUUCCAGGGCUUCAGCAGAGGCCUGGGCUAGGAAAGUGCUGGUGGACAGUGAAUUCUGGAGCCAGGUCGAGUCUCUGAGCAAGCGCCUGGAAACACUGGGAGGAGAGACAGCCACCACAUCAGGAGGCGGACAGCAACAUGUACCCCAAAGCCUAGUUGACACCACAUGGGUCCGGGCAGAGCUCAGUUUUGCCACACAGUCAGUGAGGGAGUCACUUCACCGUAGGCUGCAGACUGUUCAAGAGACCCUGCAAGGAACUCAGGCAGCCUUACAGCAGCACAAAUGUGCACUGGGGGGAAUCCUGGGCGCCUACCAAACCCCAGACUUUGAGAGAGUGAUACAGCAGGUUUCAGAAGCCCUCAGGCAUCCAGCAGGUGGUGAGGACAGUAUGCACAUAUCCUGGAACCUGAGUCCAAUGGAAAAAAUGCUGAGUCCAGGCACGGCAGAUGCCUCCCAGGAGCCCUUGCAUGUCUCUCACCAGAGCCCCAGGGCCCUUGUUUCUAUUCAAGAAGAGCUUGCCCAGCAGCUGAGAGAGAAGGCCAACAUUCUAGAGGAGAUCUCUGCUGCCUUGCCAGCUCUGCCACCUGCAGAGUCAUUGAAGAAUUGCCAAAAGCUUCUGCAGAAGUCCCAGAGUCUCUCGUACAAUGCUUGUUUGGGAGGCCUUGGUCAGUAUUCUUCAUUGUUGGUUCAAGAUGCAAUCAUUCAGGCUCAGGUGUGCUAUGCAGCCUGUAGAAUUCGAUUGGAGUAUGAAAAGGAACUCCAGGUUUAUAAGGAAUUUUGGCAGGCAAGGGGGACCUCCUGUCAGGAGCAGGCAAGAGCUGUUGGAGUACUGCAGGAAGAGUAUGAAGAAUUGCUCCGCAAGCAGAAGAGUGAGUAUCUGGAGGUGAUUGCCCUCAUUGAAAGGGAAAAUGCUGAACUCAAGGCCAAGAUGAGCCAGUUGGACCAUCAACAGAGGCAUCUGGAAGAAGUGGAAAGCAAGCACAGUGAGAGCAUGUUUGCUUUACAGGGCAGGUAUGAGGAAGAGAUCAGGUGUGUGGUGGAGCAGCUGAACCGCACGGAAAACACACUGCAGGCUGAGCGCAGCCAAGUCCUGAGCCAGCUGGAUGCCUCAGUCAGAGACAAGCAGGACAUGGAGCGACAGCACGUGCAGCAGAUGCAAACACUGGAAGACAGGUUCCAGCUUAAGAUCAAAGAGCUACAGGCCAUCCAUGAGGAAGAGCUGAGGGCCCUGCAGGAGCACUACUCGCAGAGCCUUCAGCACCUGAAGGAGACCCUCAGCCUUUGCCAGCAGCAGCACCCUGAGGCACUGCCCACCACCUGCCUCCACUGGCAGCCUGAGUCCGGAGCUGCUCUGUAUCAGGCUUCCCCGAAGGCUGCUGUUGGGGAGGCUGACUCCAUGACAGGGCUUCGGGAGCGCAUCCAGGAGCUGGAAGCCCAGAUGGACAUCAUGCGGGAGGAGCUAGGCCAUAAGGAGCUGGAGGUUGACUCAGCCACACUGCGGGAGAAGUACCGGCAGGACUUUGAGAACCUCAAGGCCACAUGUGAGCGGGGCUUUGCUGCAAUGGAGGAGACGCACCAGAAGAAGAUUGAAGACCUUCAGAGGCAGCACCAGAGGGAGCUAGAGAAGCUUCGGGAAGAAAAGGACCGCCUCCUGGCUGAGGAGACUGCUGCCACUAUCUCAGCCAUUGAAGCCAUGAAGAACGCCCACCGGGAGGAGAUGGAACGUGAACUGGAGAAAAGCCAGCGGUCUCAAAUCAGCAGCAUCAACUCCGACAUUGAAGCCCUGAGGCGGCAGUACCUGGAGGAGCUGCAGUCGGUGCAGCGUGAGCUGGAGGUCCUCUCAGAGCAGUACUCGCAGAAGUGCCUGGAGAAUGCUCACCUGGCUCAGGCACUGGAGGCUGAGCGGCAGGCCCUGCGGCAGUGCCAGCGUGAGAACCAGGAGCUCAACGCCCACAACCAGGAACUGAAUAACCGCCUAGCUGCAGAGAUCACACGGUUACGGACACUACUGACCAGAGACGGCGAUGGGGAAGCUGCUGGGUCACCCCUCACACAGGGCAAAGACGCCUACGAGCUAGAGGUCUUGUUGCGGGUCAAGGAGUCGGAAAUACAGUAUCUGAAACAGGAGAUCAGCUCUCUGAAGGAUGAGCUCCAGACAGCACUGAGGGAUAAGAAGUAUGCUAGUGACAAGUACAAAGACAUUUACACAGAGCUCAGCAUCGCCAAGGCCAAGGCAGACUGUGAUAUCAGCAGGUUGAGAGAGCAGCUGAAAGCAGCUACAGAAGCACUAGGGGAAAAAUCCCCUGAGAGCACUACUGUGGCAGGAUAUGACAUAAUGAAAUCUAAAAGCAACCCUGACUUUCUGAAGAAAGACAGAUCCUGUGUCACCCGGCAACUCAGAAAUAUUAGGUCCAAGAGUCUGAAGGAAGGCCUGACAGUGCAGGAACGGCUGAAGCUCUUUGAAUCCAGGGACUUGAAGAAAGACUAGCUGUAUCCCGUGCUACUCAACACACCCUUCCUGACUGGUGGCAGCACAACCUGAGCGCAGCUUUUUGUCUGUACCUUUAUUUUUAUCAUUGUUGUUAUUAUUAUUAACUGUAGGUAUGGAUACAUGAGAGACUGGUGUAUGGGUUGUCCGCACCAUUCCAGCUUCCUUUUGUGUUUGUCACCACUUUCUUCCCAUGGUUUUCUGAGAUUGGUCAAGCUCCAGCCGUGUGGUGAUGCAGCACCUGCCCACAUCUGAGUAGAGCCCUUCUCAAUAUCCACUGCACCCACUGUCAGUAUUAAGGCUCAGCAGCCUGUCAAUAAGCUAGCCCAGUGUCAGAGUGCAGUGUGGAGGUCUGGCCUAUACUCCAGCUCUGCUGCUCACCGGGCACCACCAGGUGGGCACAAUCCCUGUUGGUCAGAGAAGAGCCACCUUGAUGUUCUGGUUUGACCUGUGCAAUGGUGCAGGUGACUUGCCUGCCUGGUUGCUGGAGGAGGCAGCGAUCCAGACGGGCGUGCAGCCUAUGCACACUGCCUUUUGGCCUGGGAGGAAGACAACAUUUUGUAUUUGCUACACUAAUGCAGCUUAGAACCACGCCCCAGAUAAUCCUGGCUAACUUUCACAACCUGGAAAAUGUGGAAAGCAACCAUUCCUAUUUUUGUUUGUUUUUUAUUAAAUCUUGCACAAAACCCCAGAUCCCUCUCAUUCCUUCCUCCGCUCGUGCCUCCCUGUUCUACAGCAGCCUACUCCUGUCCUCACUGCUGGGAUUGGUGACCUGCUACCUGGGUCUUCAGACUGAUAGCACAAAAAGGGAUGGAUUCCCUGAGAUAGUCCCCCAAGGGGGGAAAUGGUGCUUGUUUUAAAAAACCUUUUGAAAAGAAACUGUCGUGUUGCUCUGCAAACACUGAGAGCAGAUCCCUGUGUUAAGUCACGUGGAAGUCCAGAGGAUGUCAGAACCUGAGGAGACCAGCCAGCAGUACAUGCUUAGGACCGUGCUCAGUCUGAGCUCUGGAAAGUUCCUGUGCAGCAAGUAUGUCCAGUGAAGCCUAGUUGAAGUGAACCUGCACAAAGAAGUUUGCUUUCCUAAUAAUCUAAAAAUUUUUUUGGCACUUCCCUAGAAUGUUCUGCAGCACUUCUUGAAAAUCUCUUGCAUUGGGAUCUCUAUUCUAGUCCUGUAAAAACCAUUGGCAUAGUAAAUGGGAGUGAAGUGGGAGAGUCAUAGGUGCCUACCUGGAGGACCCCACUCCAUGUCCACUGGUUCCAUUGCCAAAGCUUCUACUUUGUGCUAAUUCAUGAGUUGGUUGGAUGGUCUUUGUAUACAUGGAUGCUUUGGGAAUAAAAAGGCAGAAAUCCCCUUGCUCAGUUGUUAGAGUAGUUCAUGAGCAAAAUCACCAGGUUGUUUCACCCACCCCAGUGGAUAAAUAGGAAGGAUGAAGGCCCCGAAGUGGCUGUUUGGCAGCUUGCCUAGCACACCCUUCCUGGGAUAUGCUUGGCCCUACACAGGCUCUGAGCUGCCCCUUGUCAUGAGCUUUUGAGUCCUUGCCCACACUGUUGCUCCUUUGCUACUUACUAUCCCAUGUUUUCAACAGCAAAAACAAAUUAAAUGUUUUAAAAAUCUGCUUUUCAGACACAUCCCCCCAUGCAGAUUGACAGCAUUCUGAGAAUCAGCCAUGACCUUUCUGUGUUGUGCUCAGUGGGAACAUGCAGGCAGCUGUUCACUGGAAUACCAAUGGGACAUGCUGUGCCUGGUCUCCAGGUGUUAUGAUUUCACCUUGUUCUCUGAGGGUCACUGCAUUUCCUGCUCUGGCAUCAUUUCUUUUUGAUGCCCUAGGUACCCUCUGGCCCUGCUUCCCUCCCAGGUGCUGCAAGAGGUGGGCUGUAUCUGCCUUCAGACUGCACAUGGUUUCAAUAAAAGCAGGCUGGCCUAUAGGGCAAAACAGCAUUUUUUUUUCCUUUAUCACUUUUCUGUCCCUUGAGACUUUACCUCAGAACUCCUAGGAAAUAAACUUGAGUACAGCAUUUGGAGGUGAAAGGGAGGGACCAGAGAAACAGCUCAGUGGAUACCUGCGCUUCUCUCAUCACUAUGACUUCUUGGUGAAGGCCCCAUAUUUGCCAUGAGACUUCCUGCCCCACAGCUGAUUUGGUGUGUGUUGUCACCAGGAAAAUACUGUGAACAUGGAGCCAGCAGAUUUUGGGUAUGCUUUGGCUCUGCUCUAACAAGGGGCUGCUGCACUGCAACUUCCUGGUGUCACCUGCACCUACCAGGUAGUUUUGAGCAGUGUCAGUGGAGUAGCCACUGUUUGGGUUGGAAUGAGCCUGAGCUUCUGCUGGUGGGUUCUUUUCUCCAGCUGGAGUGAACCGUGCAAGAAAGAGGAUAAAGACAUUCUUCCUGGGCCACCAAAUGUGUUUCAGGAGCAAAAGCUGCCUGAUGGCCACACUGCUACAGAUGCAGGCACAUGCAAUGCACAAAGAGGAAUAAAACAGGAAAAGGAGCUGGUUUGUGGGCUGGUACAUUAUUAAGGUCAGAUGUGGGACAGCUAUAGGUGUCAGGGUCUGUGCAUAGUGCUGUAUUGGUUACUGGGAGCCUUAGGCCAUACCUGUGCAAAAGAUGCAAGCUUCUCCCUCUUUGUAGGAAAAUGUUAAAAUGGAUGUACACCGUUUUUAUUAUUUUCUUAUAAAUACUCAUUGUAUUUAGCAAGCCAGGCUAAACAUUAAAGGGGAAACCAUUUGACAACUUUUAGUAUGAACAUCUGUGCAAGUGGCAUUAUCUGCACACCCAUGCAUGCACACAAAGCCAUUUUCGGCUGGUCAGAUUGUUAGCAUGUGUGAUGCCCAGUACUCAGCAGGUGGCCAUGGACACUUGGAUGGUACCAGCUGCAGCCAUCCAGAUACGCAUGUGUCUCAGGCAGGUUAGAGCCCAAAGCUGGCUGUGGGGAGUCUGGAAGGGGCCUGGGCUUAGAUGAGUGUAUAUCCUGGGAGGCUGGGGAGUAAGUCAGGAGUAUGUAGGUUUAUCAGGCAAGUGCUAAAGUCAGAGUAGAGACUCUCUCAGAUUCAGCAAGCAUAAAGGCAGAAGAGCACCAGAUAAAGGCCCACACAUUGGACGGGAAGCAGCAGACAGAAUCUGCUCAUACCGUUGCCUUGGGUGGGUCCAGUGGCUCACUCACUGAUCAACAGAUCCUGCAGGCCAGACUGAGGAAGAGGGAGAAGUUCAGUUUUUAAAAGAA